GGAAUUCGUGCACUGUUGGGAUAUAUCACUGAAAUGCUAUCGGCCGUGCAACAAUAGUAAACAGCUCAACUUUGAGCAGUCGACAAGGUCUCUAGCCGGUGUGCGGUGCUAGGAUAUAAAGGCAAGAAAGUUAAUUAAAAAAAAUUUUUUGGAAGUUGAGAAAACUGAUGGAGAGAUGUCUUGUUGACCCAUUGAACAAUAAGCAAGAUGGAAAGUUCAGAGGAACUAUCUAGUGGAUCUUUCCUAGGAAAAAUUCUUCACAAAGUUGUAGAAAAUUCACUUAGGAAAGGGAGAUGUAACAAUAAUUCCAAAUGUUUGACUGGUUACAAGGACUUGUUUGUUUCUGCAAUAACUUCUUCUGAAUUGGGAAUCAACGCAGAUCCUUCAUAUUUUACCUCUCUUGCAUUUGUGCGCAAACUGAUUAUUAGAGAACAAGAUGUGGCUGCUAAGAAAGGAUAUAAUUUAUGCAAACUCCUCACUAGUUCCAAUUUGGAUUUAGAAAAUGAAGAACCAGUUACAGAUGAAAAUCAGAAAAGUGAACGAGUUCUCCAAGUUCCUCAGGUUGUAGUAAUAAGUCUGAGAAGCAUAUUUGAUCUGAUACAAGAAAGUCAGGUGACACAUCCUCAGUUAUGCUUCAAAGUACUAAAAGCUCUUUUAGGAAUACUGCAGAAUCUCUUUCCAGAAAGCUUGAUGUCAGAGCCCUGUCAUGUUGUUGAACCCUUAUUUGAACUACUUCUCAAAUUGUCAACAAUGACUGAUGCUGAGAAUACUUCCACGAUCGAAACACAAGAGGUGGGAGAAAGCUUGUCAUCUUUGGCUUCGUCUUGUCUUCUUAGUUUAGUCAUCGCUUGGGGUGUAACUCCGCGAAUUUUACAAGCCCUCGACGCUCUCAUCACAGUUGCCCGUCCGUUGGCUGCUCAAAUAAUUGUGCUCCCCAACAUAAUGCUGACUCUUCAAAAAGGAGUUCGGUCCACCGUGAUUGGAACUUCUCAUGUACCAGACUGGUUUACACAGGGAAUCCAGCAGAAGACACUUGUUACAUGCUUCUCUGUGAAUUUAGGCAAAGAUUUGAUUGAAAACUCCAUUGCUUGUGACGGGCCAUUUAUUUUCUUGUUAUCGUCCUGUGGACUUUACAAAAUUGGAUCAGGACUUGGUAGUACUGUCAGUGGUCGAUUGUACGCAUCCAACAAAAAAAACGUGCCCAAGAAGGGCACUUUGCUUUUCUUCAAUGGACAAUUAUUUCUUCAUACUUACAGCAAGGAAGAUCGAAACCUUCACAUAGUCGAUAACGAAACAUUGGCAUUGAAAGAUUGCAUUAAUCUGCAAGAUUCAAUCGGCAAAAACUCGUCUUUAUUUUCAGAUGGAAACCGUCUCGGAAGCGUUUUCAAAACAGACGAAGACGAACUCCAUGCAACUCUAUUCGAAAUCAACAAAGGGGAGCUAUUUUCAUUUGGAGAGAGUAGAUUGAGAUUGGCUCUUCAGAGUCUAUACAUUGUAGGAGCUUCAAUAAAUGAUGAAAACACCGACCUACGGCAAAUUAAUUUCAAUGCUGACGAAGGAUUUACCAGCAUAGUGGCUGGAAAGGAAUUUAUGCUGAUGGUUUCCUCUUCAGGAAAAGUUUCUUACCAAGGGAAAGCUUCCUCUCUAGGGUUGAAGACGGUUGGAGAGUUGGUCCAUAACCAAGAGCAGACAUCAAAUCGCUGGUAUGAACUUCCUCUUCCAAAAAGCCCGUCGAUUGUUCGCUGUGCCACGGGACAUGACGGCUUGCAUGCUGUUUUCUUGGGUGCAGACGGGACUGCAUUCUUUGCCGGGUUGGCCAAAAGAGGAGAAGACGGCGAUUUGACCAAGCAUCGAAGGCAGCAGAAAUCAAGUCGACCGAAACGUUUUUCAUCCAUUGAAGGGAAAGUGGUUGUUGAUAUUGCUUGCAAUAAUGGAAGUUCGGCCAUGGUAACCAAAGAUGGCGAACUUUUUCUGUUUGGCAAAGAUUCCACUUAUUGUGAAUCUACUUCAGGACGACUGUUGGGUAUUAAGGACCGUAUUGUUAAAGUAGCCUUGGGAAAAGCUCAUGGAGUAACUCUCACCGAUAAAGGUGUAGUUUACACUUUUGGGAUCAAUAAUAAGGGCCAAUGCGGACGUGAUUUAUUUUCAUCGUCGCAAGCAAAGCAAUCUGAAAACAAUUCUCAGUUGCAAUCAACAACCCUGCUUUCUGCUUGCAAAGAACCCAUCGACGACGAAAUUGAAUCAGAAGACAGCGGAUCAGCUACCGAAAUGAAAUUGUGCGCCGCAGAUGAACAUCACUGGAGUGUAGAUCAAUGCAUGGUCUGUACACAGUGUGGUCAAUGCACGGGUUUUGGAUCCACUUGUGUCAACACCAAUAGUCCCGGUAGAAUACCAGGAACCUUCUGUGGGUGUGGAUCUGGUGAAGCUGGCUGUACCGUUUGUGGUGCAUGUAGAACGUGCGCGCGAAUUCCGAAUUCAGACGUCGGUAUAGGAUUGCCACCCGCUCCCGUUCCCAUUAUUUCUUUGGGACGCGGUAGAGGUAGUCCCAUGGCAGCCAACAAUGCCGUCCUAAUGGGACGCUUUGUUCGCGCUCCUGCUGAAGUAUUUCCAAAUGCUGCUCUAGUGGAUGUAGCAAACUUUCGUGCUUCAAGACUGGAUGGAAGAGGAAUUGAUGAUCCGAAAAUGCGCGAAGUCUUACUUGGUGCUGCUUUGAAUGCGGACGUUGCCCUUGAUGGAAAUCGUCGCCACCGCCACCAUCGACGUCGCCAUCCUUCUGAAGUCAAAGUGGCUAUGAUGAAUCGUGAAGCUCCAAAAGGAUGGGAUGCUAAAAAGAUUCCUGCUGGCCAGCCGCAAAAAAAUGGCAUCGACGCUGCAUUAGGAAGUGAUGGGGAUCGUGAUACUAAUAAACUGGCGUCGCUUUCCCCUGGUCCAAUUAGUUUUCACAGUAAAGUGCGGGUUUCGCAAGUUGCCUGUGGAUUGCAUCAUUCAGUUCUUCUGACAACUGAUGGGCAGGUGUACACCUUUGGCAGUAAUAGUUACGGACAGUUGGGUGUUGGGGACCUUUCUUCUCGUGGCUCUCCUAACCUUGUAAAAAUGCCAUGCGCAGUGAAUAUUUCUAUGAUAGCUGCUGGAAGUCACCAUACAGUUGUACUAACAACCGAUGGCGACGUACUCACGUGGGGAGCACAUUUGAAAGGACAAUUAGCUAGAGAUCCAUCGAAUAUUGAUCACUGUGGUGCGUCUUCAAUUGUUUGGCAUUCCGUUCCGGGUUUCGUGACUCACAUAGGACCAAAGUGCGGAAAGAGGGCGUCUUGGAUUGGUGCGUCAGGAGACCAAACCUUUUUCAAGCUGGAAGAAAGUCUUGUCAGCGAAGAGGAGUUUCAUCAUUCCACCGUUUUAGCUACAGAUCAUUACUUUGCCAUUUUGCCAACUCACUCAAAGCCGUCAUCCCGUAAUCUAGUCAUCAAUAGAAACGAUGGUCAAUGUCGAAGCUUCUCUGGAACAGAGCAAGCUAAUUUUGCUAACACCAUCCUGACUUGGGAUCCCGUCUAUAGUAUUUUAUGGAGUUUCUGUAAAUCCACUUCGAUGGUGCGAGGUUACAAUGUGUUUGCUUCCGGACUUGUACAUCCCUCCUACGGCAGCUCUUUACUUUCCGUUAUGAAAGAACAAGAAUCAGUUGAUGUUGCCGAUAUUUUUCGACCGGCUCUUACCUUGCCGGUUGUUCCCUCGUCGAAAGUAACGCAAACGCAAGCUGCUCUUCACCUGCUCUGUUGUCUCGAUUCUCUCACUCGAUGCCAACAGAUUCCAAUCAAAGAAAUAACAAACCAGGACCCCCAUAAGUCGCUUGUCAAUCGCUGUUUCACUAAAGAAGAUUUUUCUGUCGUCAAUCGCUUUGAAAGCCACGGAGGAGGUUGGGGGUAUUCAGGACAUUCAGUUGAAGCGAUUCGUUUCAUGUCCGACACAGAUAUUCUUCUUGGUGGCUUCUCACUAUUCGGUGGCCGUGGCGAAUACAUGGGGAAGAUUAAGGUUUUCGAUCUGGGGAUAGGAGGAGGUGACCAAGAAGGAGAUGGUGAACUGCUUGCAGAAACCGACGAAGUAGUUUACGAAUGUGGAGCUCGACAACGCUUUCCAAUUCUAUUUUCCCAGCCCCUUCGCCUUCAAGCUAAUCGUUGGUAUUUGGCAUGGGCGCGUGUUAACGGACCAUCAAGUGACUGCGGAUCCGGUGGCCAAAGCACAGUUACCACAGAAGACCAAGUAACUUUCACCUUCAAACCGUCAAAGAAAUCAAAUAAUGGAACAGAUGUGAAUGCUGGUCAAUUACCUCAAAUUCUAUUUCGAGUGAUAGCACACGAUGCUCCGUCGUCCAAGCCGCACAGUAGUAUUGAAACCGUUCAUUCCAUCAGCAGCAACUUCUCCAAAGUAGUGACGCCGGAUUCUUUUACGGCCUUGCUCAAUUUAACUCAAUGGGCUUGGUCGGCAUUAAAAGCGAUGACUACAAAUGGUCUUACUGGUCCAGAAGUGAAUCUUAAGGAAGAUCAUGCCCAUAUUCAAGAUCUUUCACGCAUUGUCUUUGUGUGUCGUGUUUCAAUGCGACUUCUACGCUUUUACAUUCUAGAGUUAUAUCCAGUGAAAAGUAAAAAUCCCAAAAAAUUGAUCGAAGAGAGUGUUGCUGUUGUUCGCGCAAUCGUUAACGUUCGAACUACUUUGAGGUCAAUAUUGAGUGACCCUGUACUCGGGUUGUUGAAUAAGAGUCAUACGGUUGGAUUACCAUGCAAUUCCACUUAUAUGGUCAUGUUGGAACAAGUUGCUAAAGAAACACAUGACUCCUUCGUCGCCUGUUUUCACGUCUUCUAUCCAACCGCCUCACUUAAAUGGACGAUUCUAUGCGAGUUGUUGGAUCAAAUCCAAAAAGUUUCUAACGCACCUGGGAACAGUGAUCAGUUGUUGGCUGCUGUUAUCGAUUCCUUAUGCAGUCACCACAUACGGCUUAGGUCAGCUGUACCUAAUUUGUGCGACUUGCAAGAGUCGCUUCAUGUGCGCCGUCAGUUUCAAUCACCCGAAAUGGAAGGAGCCCCUUGUCUCAGCAGUCCGUCGGAAAAUGGGUCUACAAGUCCAACUCUUCCACAAAUGGAUUCGCACCAAUUUCCAGUUCUCGUCGAACAUAUGGUUGAGGGUCAGUCGUUAGUGCAUCGACCUUGCCGAGCGGUUCUUGAUCGCUUGUUUCUCAUCGCCACCUGGCCCGUGCGUCAGUCUCUUGACAUGGAGCCAGUAAUUUGGUCCGACAAAUUAGUGCAGUAUUCAUGUCGGCUCUUAGCUCGUGUAGUGGCGGAAUUGGCCUCACAAGUUUGUUCGAUUGAAGAAUUGGAUGUUAGUACAACCCGUGGAAUUCUUGCGACUCCAUCGCGAUUCACCAGUUCUAGUCAGAACCGGUCAUGGAAUACUGGUAAUGGAUCACCAGACGCCAUCUGCUUCACUGUAGAUCGACCAAAUGUCAGCGUCAUUGGCGUUGGCGUAUUUGGCGGUGGAGGCAGUUACACCUACGAAUUGGAAUUACUUGAAUUGAUUCGAAGUGCUAGCGAUGCUGCUCAGACACUUAGUUGGCAUAGUUUGGCUGUAGUGCGUGGCUCUUACGGACCCGAAGAUUCCAUUAAUGAUGUGGCAGAAAUAAAGUUCGAUCGCCCUGUUCCCAUCAAGGAAAACACUCGAUAUACUUUCCGGCUUCGGAAUCAAGGUGGAAAGACACAUAAUGGCGACGGAGGUGUUCUUUCUAUUAAAGGCCCGGAUGGAACCACUUUCAACUUCUCAGCUUGCCUGCUUAGUUUCAAUGGAACGAAUCACAUCCGUGGCCAGUUGCCUUACAUUCUCUAUUGCAACAUUCCCAGUAAUUCCGAGGUUCAGCAAUCGUCGUUAUCAGCUAUUGGGAAUCAGGCGAGGAAGAGCAUCAUGUCGAUUACAAGUUCGAUUGUUCGUUGUACAUCUGAUCUAUUGUGUGCAGCUCGUUCUUUGCCAAUCCAUCACAGUCUGCCCAUCAUUUGCAAGUCACACGUCGUCUCAUAUUUAUUGCCUUUUGUCGUAGCCAACAUUGGCGUCGUGGCCGAAUCGGAUCCAAAAAAUGCUGUACAAAUCCUGGAGCUCAUCCGAGUUUUACUACCCCAUGUUUCCGCACUUUGCUUGGCCGACAUUCUGUCGUCUGAAAAAGGUGGAAAUAUGCCCGAUGAAGACCCUUGCAUAACUACAUCUCCAAAAGUGGUGGUAGUCGAGAGUGAUCAUCCAUAUCGUCCCGCAACAGUAUCUCAUUUCCGUGUAUCUUUCCCGGAGAGUGUCCGCUGGAUGUGUUUAGAGUUUGACGGUCAGUGCUGCACGAGCCAGGUCGAAGAUUCUCUUCAGCUUUAUUUGCCUUCGGUUUUCCCUAAAAACCAGGCAGAUGCUUCUCUAGCAGAUUAUUGGCCUGCAUUGAAAAAGUUCGGUGGAACCGAUAACUGGCCUACACAUUCCAUGAUCUUACCAGGCAAUGAAGUUAUAUUCUCUUUGGAAUCAGCGUCCGACUGCAUUCGAAUUGACAAAGCGUCCUCUUGGGGAUUCCGCUGUACAGUGGUUGGAUACGAGUGGCAGGAAACUAACAAUGCUAUUCGUUUGCUGGAAACCGAACUGGCAUACCUAGGUGGGAUGUGUUCGGCAACCCUAAUGAAAAGAGAUCUCGCUUUGCCACAAUCCAGAGGCGAUGAAAUGGACGCCGAUUCCAUGGAAUCAAUAACACAACAGAUCUACACUGCCCAUACUGGUCUUUUAAGUAAAGGGUUAGCCCUCUCCCAAUUGCCAACCAUCCACGAAGCAUUGGAGGGGAAUCUGCCGUUCAGCGUAAGCGGAAAAGAAAGGCAGUUUCUGCGAGACUUUGUCAGUGCUUCGGAAGAGACGAGUGGCGGUCGUUUAGCUCGUUGGCUCCAGCCGGAAUCGGUCGUCGAUCCGUCUAAAUCGCAACUAAUUUUUCCAGGCGUUUUCUCGGCUAGUUUGGCCACUUUUGGGGUCCCUAAUAGUACUUCUCUUGGUACCAUUGGGUUCGGGUCGCCCAUUAAAUCGGUUACAAAUGAUAAAGAUGAAGAAGACGAAGAAACUCCCUCUGAGGCAACGACAGUGACAUCAACCACGACGACAGUGGUCAGUGAAGGGUUACGUGCCGGAUGGCCAGCCAUUUUGACCCUGUUAACUCGUGACCAGUACGGCCACCUUGUUCAUGUUCCCAAUCUCAAGGUAAAUAUUCGAGCGGUUCCAUGUGACCUUACGCAGACGACCAACGAUGCUUUGUUAUCACCAACCAAGCGGCUUUACUCGGGAGACGAGAAAAAUUGCGAUGAACAUCUCGAACCAGUUCUUGAUGUGCCAUAUGAUGUUACCACGAAAGAUAGAAUGUGCCUUCACGCCAUCACAUUUCUUAAGGCCUAUGAAAACUACUCGUUUGAGGAGCUCCGAUUCGUGUCACCCAUCAAGCGAAGAACUAGCGAAACAAUGCUUGUUCGGCCCAACGCUGAUGGCUCUUACAGUGCUAACUGGACACCAAGUGCUGCUGGACUUUAUUCUAUUCACGUAACCAUCGACGGCUACCCGCUUGAUGAAGUUUACAAAGUCGACGUGAAAGAGCCACCACAAGGAGUUUUACCUCCCUCCCACAACGUCACAGUAAGGAACAAUUCGUCACCUUCUCAUCGGCUACGUCAAUUCCGAACUCGAGCAAGUGCUGGUUUGCGUGUGCGGGCUCAGCCUUCACUUCAAGGGGAACAAAUAGGGAUUGUAGCAUGCGAAGGAACCAUCUCAUUCAUUGAAGAGUUGUGUAAUGACGACGGAACUUGGUUACGAUUGAGCACGGAAUCUAUCAGGGAAUGGUGUAUUAAUCCAUAUUCAGAAGCAUGGUGCCUCCAAUACAACCAGCACAUCAGUAAGACGUUGCUCUUUCCCAUCAGUACUACUCAGAAUGAAGGAGACGAGAUGGGUGACGACCCGCCCUCACACCAUAAAAACAGUCAAGCGGAUAGUGAUAAGAAAGAAGAAAAAGUGUUCAGUUCGGCGCAGACGUUCUAUGUGGUUGACUGUGGAGCUUCUGGACAUAACAUUCGAGCACUGCCCAGUUUGAAAGCUUUGCCGGUCGGAAAAUUAAAACUUGGCAGCUCAUUUUUAGUAACUGAGCAGCGACAAACUUCGGAGGGAGCAUGGGUAAAGCUUUUACCCUCUUCCGCUCGUCAGUUCUGUUCAAAUAACGAACUGGAGGCUUGGUCACUUGCUGUUGAUCGUCAUCAAAUGGUUUACCUCCGCCACGAAGAUGAGGUUCUAUCUGUUUCAGCAGGUUCAGAUAAAUCUAGUCCGGCACAAUUACUCAAGCCGGCUUACGAUUUUAGCGAGAGUGCUGAGCGACAGGCUAAUCUGUCGGCCUUCUCGUCUCCAGAGCCCGUAAGCACUUUCAUUUUUGGCAUAGACAAAGACUCCGAAUUUCCUCGACCGACCUCCUCACAGAAAUCGCCUCCGAAAGGCGAGAUCGACCAGUCUCCAAAAUCAAAUGUCCAAAGUACAUCUGAAUCAACGGCGUCACUUCAUGUGCAGGAAGCAUCAUUGGAAUCAAGCGUAGAAGAUGCCGGAGCUUUGGUUGGAUCUUGUGGCCCGUUUGCUGCAGUUGCUGUAGGGCGACUCUCAGCAUUUCAAAAUUGGCUGAGACGUGACGGAUCAUUAGUUAAAGAGGCGCCUAGUCCACCACCUCGUUCAAGGAAUUUUCCACCUGAAUUGCAAGGAGUAUCGGUUAAGGAUAUGGUUCGAGUAAUGGGCGAGAGCCGAGCUAACGGUAACGCUUCACCUUCCUCCAGCCCCAUUCCUAGUCGGAAGACCGGAGCUAUCGCGGUGGUGAAUCGUUCGCUAUCGGCUCAUUCGUCACCAGGAGGCUGCUCAAAACCUUCCGGUUCGCUUCCCUCUUCUGGUACAGUAAAAUUAGUAGAAAAUACUCAACGUAGCCGAAGUUUGAGUCCAGCAACGCAAAUGUCGCAGAGUGUGGAUCAAUCAGUCAUCACAGUUAUGGCUAAAAACGUUACACAAAUGGGAACUCAGACGAGUCCGGAAGCCAACAAAACCAAUCAGUUUAAUCUUGGUGCUGAGUUGAUAUCUGACUUGACCCGCUCACCUCAGCGGUUGUCCCCAAAAGCAUCUCGUACCAAAGAGCGAGCGUCGCGUGGUGGAACAAGAAGCCGAAAAUCGCGAUCACCAACCGCUGGCCAGCACAUUGGUGGGCGCUCUCUGAUGCUGGAACAAGAGAUAGCUCGCGUUGGCAUGAGUCCCUCUACGGCCGAAUGUCUGCGCGCUGUCUUCGCCGCCAACCUUUGGCAUCAAGGAUUGGUUCACGACGCUAUGGCUUGCGCUUCCUUCUUGAAGUUUCAUCCCAAUUUACCCAAGCAAGUGGACCCGAUUGUACCACUGCGCGGAGAUCCUCGACAUCGCAAGACACGAGAGGAGAAAGCGCGCCAACGGCACUCGGUCGAAAUCUUUUCUACUAAUAUGCUAUCAGGGCCGUUUGCAUCUCCACUGCCGGUAGCGUUAGAAGAGAGUUGGAACACGGAACGAGGGGAAUCGGCAAGCAAUCAUCAGAUACAACCGGAUGUUCCUGACAACAAAGUGGCAUCGUCUUUAACUCCAACACUUAGCCUCCUGGUCGAACUUUGGGAAAAGAUGAGCGGGCGUUGUGUUGAGUUGAUACAGUCUGAGCCGACGGCUUCAUCCUCGACGCUCAGUGUCGCCCAGUUCCAGAAUGAGAGCGUGUCCAAGGCUAAACCGAAAACUGAAAACAGAGAUGCACGCGAUAAAGAGCGAAAACGCAAGUCCCGUAGAGAGAGCAUCCGACCGGAAUCUAACUGUGAACUAUGCGGCGGAUUGUUUGCCGUGCCUGUAACCGCUCACAUGAGACAAGCUCAUCCAGGCUGUCAGAAGCCAGCCCUUGGAUUGGGUUACAACCCCGACGGACAGUACUGCGGGGGCUGGGUAGGAAAUUGUGGCGAAGGAGGCAUUCAGGGAAGUUCGUGGUACUUAUUGUGCGAGGAUUGUCGACAUCGGUACUUGCAACAGAGGAGACAAGUGGGUGAAGCAUUCGGCCUUAAAGAUGACAAGGGCAAGCGAUUGAGAAGAAAAGUAUCAAUCACUUCAACUACCACACCCACGACCCAACUGUUAAGACCCUCAACACCAUUGGAGACACACGUCAUUCUCAAAGACAACGCUCUUUUCUUAUUGCAACUAGCUACGUCGUCCAGUCCUGAAAAGAAUCAACAAAUACUGGAACGAAGAAGAAGGAGCCUAAUGCAUCAGCCGUCACUUAGUUCAGUCUCCGAAAUUGACAAGGAUUUGUCAAACAGAAAGAUUUCAGCCCCACCUUCCAAGAGUGGAUACCAAGCGUCAGGUGAUAUUUUCCCUUGGCUUCAAUUUCAAUGUCUUCCCGUUCUUAAAUCGGGAUGCAGCCCUCAGCUGUCCAACAACGAAGUUAAUUUCGGCGAUGGAGAAGUGGAAAAUUCCUUUGAAAUGGAUCCUUGUCGAGGAAUAAAAGAAAGUUGCGAUGGGUUCGGCAGGCAGUUACAUCGAUCGGUCUCUAUGAUUACACAGCCACUUGCCCAACAUCUGAGAUCAUCUCAAGAGCCGGACGGUUCCAUCACUGGAGUAUCGCAGAGGAGACGAACCAGCAGCGCUGAUGAACAAGGAAUCGACGGAGGUUUAGCGCUUUUGCGUUCACCCUCCAAAGCUCUCCAAGAUACCGUUAAGUUAAUGUCCGGAUCUCAUGACCAUGCGGCAACACAAUCGACAUUGCCGGUUUUAGAUUUUGUUGCUCAGCGACAUGAUCUUGACUCUCUUCGGACUUCCAUGGAGCUGGCGUUGCGAAAAGCCUCUUGCCGUGUCUUUGCAAUGGAGAAUUUGUCGUGGCUCCUGCAAAACGUCACUCAGCCAGUGUGCUUGCAUGAUCUUCUCUGGUGGUUAGUAUCGUCACUUGCUCCGUCUCUGGAAACAGCCAACAACAAAGUGGAGACUGGGGGAGCUGAUGGAUCGACAAGCAAAGACAACUUAGUAGGACAGCAUCCAACUUCAGACGUCAGUUUAGCUGGAGAAGGAUUAUCGCCGCUACUGCAGUCGUUUCACGGUCUUCUACAAACGGUAUCUAAUCUGAUGCAACUACUCCCGAUGGGCACACCUCUACUUGCGAUGGCCGUCCGUUGUUGGGACAUUCGAUUCAAGCAAACCGAUCACGCAUUUCUUCACAAGAGCCACGUAUUUAGCAACAUCAGUCGAAUUCUUUCGCGUUGUGAAGAGGAAGCAACUGUCGAUAUCGAAGCAUUAGAAAAUACUGCAAUUCAUUCAGCUGGGCAUGUGACGAUGUUGACUGAAGUCACAGAGGGAAUAGACAUUAAGGUGUCUAGCCGCACUGCCAUGGUAAAUAGUUUGACUGAUGGCUCGACCGAAACCUUCUGGGAAUCAGGCGACGAGGACCGGGGUAAAAUGAAACUCAUAACCAUCCAAGUUUGUCCUGAAACGGCUGGAUUUCCACCACGCAUUGUUUGUUUAUAUGUCGAUAACAGUCGAGAUAUGGGGAACAAAGUUUCUGGAGUGACUUUCAAAGCCGGACCAAAUGGAGAAGAGCUGCAAAUCGUGGACGUCUUAGAAGUAGAAACUCGAUUUUCUGGGUGGCUUCAUACUUCCCUACCUCAAAUCAACUUCCAGAUCAUCCAGCUUGAGUUGAAAGGGCCCGAUAACUCGCUUCGCAUUCGUCAAGUUCGCUUGCUGGGUGGAGGUAUCUCUCGGUCCUUCAACGCUUUAGCCAUUCAUCAACGAACGUGCGAGACGGAAACACUGCGAGUGUUUCGUUUAUUGACCUCACAGGUCUUCGGUCGGCUGAUUUUAAACGAGGGAGAUGCCUCUCCUUCACGUUCUACCGAUCGUGGACCCAAUGAAGAUGAAAUGGAUGGAGAAAUAGCUGAAAGGACUCGGGAUAUUGAUUUGAAAGAGCACAUGGUUGGAAUAUUGUUCAGCGGCAAGAAGUUGACUCACUUGCAACGCCAAGUGUGCACUCACAUAUUGCAUGGCAUUCAGCGGGAAACCGUUCGGUUGAAAGAAGAAUGGGAUGCUUUGCUACAAUUGGAACAACAAAAUGACACUUUAACUGGAACCGAUGCUAUAAAUCACGAUGCCGGCUACGUUAAUUCACGGAUCUCUGAUUCGUAUUGCUUCGAACUCUUAUCGCAGGUACUCGCCUUGAGCGGAAGUAGAGUCGGACGAACCUACAUCUCGCAACAGUCUACUUUACCGGCCAAUUUGUUGAGCUUGCUUCAUACCGGUUCACCUCGAAUCCAACGUCAGGUAACCGCUCUUUUACGACGCAUGCUGCCUGAGCUGCCCCCUCCUGUUUUUGCUUCAUUGGUUGGCGUCGACGUGCUGCCCACUACUGAUUAUGGUAUUCUGCAAGUCCUCAAUUCCACUGGAUCAAUUGAAAGGGUCGGAAUCUUAGAUGUUUUUCUGGCAUGUAUCGCCAAAGCGUUAACAAUCCAAGUAAAAAGUAAAGGACGUGAUAAAGAGUCUAGCAAAAAUCCCAUUUCUUCUGUGACGAUGGCUAGUAUCUUCAACAACCGACAGCAACCUCAGCGUCAACUUGGAUCUCGCUGGUGGAUGAGAGGCCACAUGCCCCGUCGUGUAGCAGAGAGCAUUAUCCAGCUCGUUAGAGAUAUGGCAUCGGGUAAUUUGUCUGAAGUAUGGUCAGCUGUAACGAAAGCAGGCAUCGCGGAAGCUGUUCUUGCGCUUACCAAAUUGGACGAAGAUCGCCGCAGUUCCCUGGAUUGCUUGCAAACACCAUCUGUGUGGUUGACGUUGGCUGCCCUUUGCCUACUGCAAGACGAGCAUGUCGAACGUCUCUCAUCAACACAGUGGGCUCGCGGAGCAGUGAACAAACCGCAGUGUAACAAUCACGACGACGGGGAAACAGGGGCACAAAUUGUCUGUUCCGACUGCGGGCCGCUUUGUAUUGAUUGCGAUCGAGUUCUGCAUCUUUCGCGCAAAUUUCGCUCCCAUCAGCGUCAGGUUUGCAAAGAGGAAGAAGAAGCUAUCAAAGUCGAUGUUCACGAGGGAUGUGGUCGCGUUAAAUUAUUUUGGAUCUUGGCGCUUUCUGACGCCAGGAAUCUCAAAUCUUUGGUUGAGUUCCGUCACGGAGUGACAACUGCCGUCUCUUCCGUCUACGUCACUGCCGCUACGAACGAAAGUGGAAAUUAUCACGGCUCCUUAAUUGGCGGCGUCGGGGCCUCCUCUUCUUGUCGCUAUUGUAGUUCGGCUAUAUCUCCGUCAUCGGCUUCGUUGUUUGACGAUCAAACAAUCAAUGUGUGCAGCGAACCAGAUUGCGUCGAAUAUUCACGAAAUGCUUGUCUAAAAACGCUCGGUUGUGGCCACCCUUGCGGGGGAGUGCGUGGUGAAUCAGAAUGCCUUCCCUGUUUGUUUCGUUGUUCCGGCAGUUCAGCAAAUCUGAAGCAGGACGCCGACGACAUGUGCAUGAUCUGCUUCACCGAAGCUCUGUCUGCUGCACCAGCCAUACAGCUAAGUUGCAAACACGUCUUCCAUGCCCAUUGCUGUCGUUCAGUUCUAUCAAAGAAGUGGCCUGGGCCGCGCAUCACCUUCAGCUUUUCUCGUUGUCCUAUUUGCAAGGCUGAAUUACGAAAUGAGUUCCUCGAUGAUUUGUUAAUUCCGAUACGUGAGCUUUUUGAAGACGUCAAGCGCAAAGCUUUGAUGAGACUUGAGUACGAAGGUCUCCACCAAACCGAAGCCAUUUCAUUGCCUGGAAAUCGAUUUUUCCAGGAUGCCGAAGGAUAUGCCAUGGAACGCUACGCAUAUUACGUUUGCUUCAGAUGUAACAAGGCCUAUUAUGGCGGAGAAGCUCGUUGUGAGGAAGGAUUGGCUGUCGAAGGAGUAGGUGGUGGGGGUGAUUCAUUCAAUCCGUCGGAACUUGUGUGCGGCGGUUGCAGCGAUGUUUCAAGAGCACAAAUGUGUCCCCGCCAUGGUGCUGAUUACCUCGAGUACAAGUGCCGUUAUUGCUGUUCAGUGGCUGUCUUUUUCUGCUUCGGAACAACUCAUUUUUGCAAUGCCUGUCACGAGGAUUUUCGCCAUGUCACGGAAAUGCCAAAACAUGCUUUGCCUAAAUGUCCUGCCGGACCGCGGGGUCGUCAGCUAGAUGGGGAUGAAUGUCCACUCCAUCUCGUCCAUCCACCUACUGGAGAAGAGUUCGCUCUUGGAUGCGGUAUGUGUCGCAAUGCCCACACAUUUUAGUCUGAACUACCUCAGGCUGCCAUUCAUGGAUCACUCGAAAAAAUAAAUUCCCGCCACAUUUUUGUUGCGCAAAAAGUAAUAAAGAAUAAUCCGGAAAUUUAUUCUAUGGAAUAAAAAUCUUUGUGCACGCUCUGGCUGAUCAUUGAGAUUUAGGUUCAUAGAAUAUAGAUAAUCAUGUCUGCUUUUCAUUCCAUUUGAUGUUGUAAUAAAAUAAUUUCCACUCCG